AUGUUUCGUCAGCGGUGGGUACUGCAGGCGGCAUGCGGCGCGGCGGCGUUCUCUGCCAGCAUCGCCGUGUUUAGCUUGGUCAUGGAAACUCAAAAUGUCGAUGAAGAGGAGGAUGAGAAUGGCGACAGUGGAUCCGCGGAAGGAGCUCCAUUACUGACGCAUGGAGCGUCGGACACCCCCACCACCACGAUUGCUGCAACGUCGUCGACGGUGUCCAUGACAUCACUCAACACUGCAUUGAAUGGGACACACCUCUCCAUCGUGCAGCGCGCGCGCAUCAAAUCCUUUUGGGAUGAACUUUCGGCCACAGUGUCCGUAGAGUCGGCGAUUCCCGUGUCUGUAGCGGUGGCGCAAAUGCAACUGUACUCGCAACGAUACCCCCAAGAGUUUCCGUUCCCGCAGCUUUUGCAUGCCUUGUCCGUGGUCACACGUGCCAACGUGAUGACAUUGACGUCACCCCCGUCGCCAAGUCCUCCUUUGCCUCCUGCCGCCCCCCGCCGGCGAUCGACGUUGAGCCUCGUCGGGAACAAGCUGUUCGAAAUGGCCGUUGAUACCAAGGGCGGCAUGCAGGACGCCAUGCACCGUGCUGUCCGUCGAUACCUCGAGCGCGCGUUGGAUCUCUUUGCCGAACGGCUCAAAGAAGCCAUCAAGGACAAGGACAUGCCGCUGUACCUUCAGGCCAAUAUUGACGUCGCUGUCGACCAGUUUUUGCCCGAUAUCAAGGUGGAGCUGUCUCGAAAGACCAAGGACUUGUUUGUGGCCACAACAAAUUCCAAUCCUCCGGCUUCCACCGGCGGCGGCAUUCUUCGGCCGCCUCCCGACCAUCCACAGACGUUGAUGGAGGCAUGCCACGAACGCUGGCACCGCACGCGCGCCAUGAUCUUGUACAAUCUGUUUCCAUAUGAUCACUCGAUCUGGCGAUGCUUUAAGAACCCAUAUUGGUGGGCUCUCACGUUCAUCGGGCUACUUCCAGUCGUUGGGCAAGCGUGGUGGUGCCUCCUCUUUGUUCUGAAAGACAAGAAGAACGAGCACCAACUGUGUCAGUUUAUCAUUGGCUUCAAAACCACCCAGUUCCUCACGCUCGGGCUUUGGGCGACCUGUCUCGGCAUCGUGCGUUUCAUCUAUUGCACUGUCCAUGGCCCCAGUUGCGACAUCUAUGGCCCGCUCUUGUCACCGUGGAAUACACUCUUCUUUCUCGGCCAGAUCGCGCUGGUAUGGGUCGCCUUCUUCUACCUCCCGUACACGGAUCGACCGGCGUCCCCCGCGUCCCCUCGCGCGGCUUCGUCUGCUUCUUCGACCUACCAAGACAUGUUUGGCCACAUCUUGCACAUGGACCGCGGCGGGUACCUCAUGAAGCUGUGGGGGUACGAAACCAUCACGUUUUGCAUCACGAUGAUACUGGCGCUGGUUGUGAAUGUGGUUGUGGUGCCGACAUGGGAGCGCCAGAUGCUCAUGUUUUGGAUCCGUACGCUGUACGGACUACUGAGCUUUCCAUUUCUGCCAUUUAAGGUCCCCGUGCUCGAAAAUGUGCUCAUGCAUACCGUACGAAUGGGAUACGAUGCUCAAGGCCGCACGGUGCGGAUGCAGUCCCCCGCCGCCGCCCCUGCAACCUAAGUAACGUACCGUGUCCAUAGUUUCACUCUGUGAAAUUAGUGUGACCUUCUUACGAGUAUAAUGUACCUAUUUAACAAGAAACAACCGAGUAUUGGUUUACCAUCCAA